AUGGUAGCUAAAGGAAUCGUUUGCGUUGUUGCACUAGCCGUCUCCGUCACUGGAUUCGUCCAUCCUGGCCUCUUGCACACGUCUAAGGACUUGGAAAGAGCCAAGGGUCACGUAACCAAGGGUGAUGAGCCAUGGACGACAGACUGGCAACUCUUGCUCAACAAUAGUCAUGCAUCGCCAACAUACGAGCCAGAUCCCCAAGCUACUGUUUACCGUGGCUCAGACGGAACCCAUGCGGAGAAUUAUCGCCGCCUCUUCAAUGACGCACAUGCGGCAUAUCAGCUUGCUAUCCGGUGGCAUAUCCAGGGAGACGACCAAUACGCCAACGCGUGUGUUACCAUUCUCAAUGCUUGGUCAUCUACCAUGAAAGCUAUUGGGGGUAGUAGUGACCGCUACCUCGCUGCUGGCAUUUACGGCUAUCAGUUAGCUAAUGCAGCAGAGCUUCUGCGCUCAUAUAGCGGGUGGAGUACGUCAGACCAACACCAGAUGAAGACGUUCCUCCAAGAUGUAUUCUUCUCGGCGAGCUACACCUUCUUGACUACCCACAAUGGACAGGAUGAAUACCAUUAUGUCAGUUCUCUCUCUUUGCUUAUGAACGGUUAUUACGCAAAUUGGGAUUUAUGCAAUAUUGCUAAUAUCAUGGCAAUCGGCAUCUUUACAGACAACCAAACGAUGUACGAUUGGGGGAAGAACUACUUCUUCAACGGCGACGGACGCGGAGCCAUCAACAACUUCAUAUACAAGAAUUAUACCGAGCCUGGUUCCGGCAAAAUUCUGUCCCAAGGCCAAGAGGCGGGGAGAGACCAAGGCCACGCUACUCUGGACAUUGCCUUACUUGGGGUUGUCAUGCAGCAAGGCUAUAACCAGGGAGAUGACCUGUUCUCAGCAUUGGGAAGUGCUGCGCUUCAUGCAUCUGAGUAUGUUUCAAAGUACAACGUUGGGUACGAUGUCCCAUAUACGUGGUACAAUAGUUAUGAGGGCAAUCAGACUGUUAUCUCAGAGAGCUCAAGAUACACUCACCGUCCAGGGUUUGAGCUUGUCUACGCCCAUUAUAACGACAUUAAACACGCUAAUGCUUCGUGGACCGGAAUUUAUCGGGAUCAAACCAAUGCAAAUAUUACCGCCGGCGUGGAAGGCGGAGGCGGCGACUAUGGCCCUAACAGUGGAGGCUUUGAUCAUCUAGGAUAUGGGACCCUCCUCUACCGCCUAUCUGCUUGA